AUGCCUGCAUGCGGAACAGUAGCACAUCCUUACUUUGGUGAACUGCUGCUGCGGCUGGGUGUUGUGCUGCGGCCUCUCUUUGAACCACUUGUGCUUCGGCUCGUCCCUCCAGGAGAAUUACCUCAGCUGUCGGUUGCAGAUAUCUUCAGUAUACACCCCGAUGCUCUUACAGGCACCAUUCGCUCUAUUGUUCAAGACAGAGUCGACAUCACGCUGCAGCUGCUAAGACAAAGAGGACAGCGGGCCUCUCUUUUUCAUGGUACAGCUGAUGGUGUUAUCCCUAUAAGACAGGCGCGGAGACAACAGCAGCAACACCAGCAGCAGCAACACCAUCAGCAGCAACAGCAGCAGCAACAGCAGAAACAGCAGCAGCAACAGCAGAAACAGCAGCAGCAACAGCAGAAACAGCAGCAGCAACAGCAGAAACAGCAGCAGCAGCAGCAGCAGCAACAGCAGCAGCAGCAGUUACAGCAGCAGCAGCAGUUAGGUAUCUGUGGGGUGUACUGUCUGUGCAGCUUCUUGGCGUUACGUACUUCUGUCUCCUUUGUCUUUAUAACAACAGUUAUUAGUAAUAGGGCAGCUCGAAAGACACGACAGCAAAAGGAGACAGCAAAAAGAGACAGCAAAUAG